AGAGAAUCGAUGGGGAGUUUGCGCCGCAGACACCACCACCAUCACCACCACCACCACCACCACCAGUCCACACAUGCCAAACCUACACUCUCCCUCACACUCUCCCACACCUGCGCUCCCACACCUGAAGCAAGACUGCCACAAGUGAAGCAGCGGUGAGGGUGUGACAGUGUAAGAGAGAGAGAGGAGGAAGAAGACAACCCACCCAGACUUCACUCAGGGCCCCACACUCGCCUCCCACUGCAGGAUGGAGGGAAUGGAGGGGAUUCGAAGCAGGCCCACCACUCACUCAGUCUACACAGGUGUAGGUGACGAUGAAGGGGAGGAGAAUGUGGAGGAGCUUCGAGAGCGGCUGAGACAGAUGAAGGCGCUGGUGAAUGAAAGAAGCAACUCAAAGAAGUCUGGGAUUGACGAGGGGUUCCUGAGUGUGGUGUUUGCCUGCAUCCUGGUGGUGAUAGCCGGGGUGACGCUCUACGCCUUCGUGGUUCUCUACACCGCCGUGCACAGACGCUGGACAGAGAACCCAGAGACAGACUGAGGGGUGGUGGAGGGUCCCAGUGUAGGAGGUAUUGAGUGCUUUCCCUCUCUUUCUCUUCUUCAGGGUUUGUUUGAGUUUGCUUGGUGGCAUCAGAGGAAAUGCAGAUAGUUGGUGCUUUCCUCUUUCUCUUCUGAGUUUGUUUGUUUUAGUUUGGUGCUGUCAGAGGAAAUGCCUUCCUUGUCAAUGUCUGGUGUGUCUUUCAGUGGGAGUCUGGUCUUGUUCCUCCUUCCUGGUAUGAGUGAUGUUACUUCUACUACUGCUGUCACUGUUACUGCUAUAAAAGUGAAAAUCUCUUCUUUAUCAGUAUAUAUAUUGAAUGCAAGGAUAUUUUAGCAGGAUUUUGAUUCUGUUCUUCCUUCCUUCCUACAACUUCUGCUACUACGACUACUAUUACACCAGAUAAGUAGAAUAUUAACCUCCACCUACUUUCCUAACACUUGUGAAACUUCAAAAUACGUCACUUCUUAUCUCAAGUAUGUGCAUACACUUCUGAGUACUGUUUUAAUUUUUCUUCUCUUUUCCUUGUGCUCAGAAUCAAAGCCUGGGUGAAGUCUAUAUUCUUAAGCAUUUUGUCACAUUCUAGGCUACUUUUAACAGAUGCAGUGGAAGUUAUUGGCAUUUUCAAGGGUGUUUUUCAUGAUUAUGGUGAUGGUCUAAUGAGGAUUAACUCUUAACAAGCUCAAAAAAAGUUAUUAGUGUUUUCAGGGGUGUUUUCAUGAUAGUGAUAGUUUAAUAACUGUCCUAUGCAUUUAACAGGCUCAAAAGAAGUUACUGGGGUUUUCAAGGGUGUCUUUAUGAUUCUUGAGCUGGUUUAAUAAGUGUUCUAUGCAUUUAACAGGCUCUGGAGAAAGUUAUUGGGGUUUUCAAGGGUAUUUUCAUGAUUCUAUAGGUAAUCCACUAAGGAAUCCACACUUUUAACAGGUUCUACUGGAAAUGACAGAAGUUUUCAUAUAUGCUUUCAUGCUUGUAGUGGUAGCUGAUAGGAAUUAUACAUUAUCAAUAAGUAAAAUCACUCAUAGGAUGGUUGUGGCCUUUGAAAACAACACCAAUGAGAACAAAGUGCUUAAGAAUGUGGACUUCACUCGGAUAUAGCUUAAUUUUCACCUUGCCUCCUUCAACGUUGUGGCUGUUAGCGAAGGGUUUAGGAGCAGCGUGUGUGAUCUAUUUCUCCCUUUACUUAAUAGAAGGAAAACUUGCAGUAUUAAUAUUAUGUGCCAAGAAAUACCUGCUUCUGACCACUAGUUAUUAAGGUGGAAAGCUGCAGUGUUUUUACUAUGUACUGAUCUACUCUUCCUUUACUUUCCCUCUCUCUUUAUGCUUUAGUUUCUGAAGUGAUGAUGUAUACAGUAACUCAUUUUAGACCAAUAUUAUUUUCACUACAGUUUAUAUGACAAAAAAAAAAUGUAUCGUUCGGACAGUGUGGUUAUCUUCUAAUCUUCUUUCUUAUUUACUUUUCCCUCACUUCCUCUUUACUCAGAAUAAAAAAACUUGCAGUAUUAUAGUUGUGCCAAUAAUUUUUUCCAUUAUCAAGAUUUUGGGAACAUGUAUGAAGAAAAAUAACCAUGUAUUAUGUAUUAUUUAGUAUGCCAAUCUUCUUUCUUAUUUACCUUUCCCUCAUUUCCUCUUCUUAGAACGUAAAUUUGCAACAUUAUAAUCACGUGCCGAUAAUUUUUUUCCGUACUUAAGGCUUGAGGAAUGGAGAGUUAGCCAUCAAUAUUACACCUUGUCCUUUCUCUCUUCUCUACUUCUUAGGGUGAAAACUGGAACUGCUAUAUACAUGUACCAAUUAUUUGCAUCUCCGGAGAAACAACAUACGAUUUACACUGUACUGAUCUGUCUCAUUACCGGUUUUACUCUAUUACAUAUUACUAAUAUUUUGAUGUGGCAAUCUUUAUGAAUUACAAAAUGUUCUUCAUGGUAUUUCAUGAGCACAUUAAUGACUUCUUUCCUCUUUAAUUUUUUUGAAUAGAGCCUUUAAGUAUUUCAGAACUGUGUGUCAAUGUUUAGAUAUGAUAUGUUCUCACUAUGCAUCACAGUCUAGCUAAAAACCUGGAAUAUUUCAGAAACUUCUCUCUUAUUUAAUUUUUAGAACAAAUCCCUCAAGUAUUUUAGAACCUUGUGCCAACCUAACGUAGAAACCAACAGCCACGUGUAGGCCCGAUGGCUUCCUGCAGCUUCUCUUAUUUUUUUUCCCAAGGCUAAGAGAGUUUCCUCACCCACAUGUCUGUAUCAGUGCUCUAAGUGGCAUGACCAACAAGAGAUGCUUUCAGUGGAGUAACGGGACAAUAAUGGUGGCAGUGCAAAGUUAGUGCAGUAUUCCUUUAGCGCAAAAAAAAAACAGAUAAAUAUUUUACUCUUUAUCGCGCCCACUUAUGUUUUUUUGGUCCAUGGAGUUUGGGAGGAUGUGGUUUAUGAUGAAGUGUCUUGUUCAAAAAUGUUUGUGUCAUAUAAAUACCAAAGGGAAAUUCAGAAAUGUUGUCAGUCCAAAUUCUCGGCAAAACCAGCCCUGUUCCAGCCAACCAGACCUCUCAGUUUUUAAAGUUUCCAUUGACAGUCUUCUGUAAUGGUAACUUAUUACUCUAUCAAGUUCAGUGUUCAGGUAGAUGGUAACAUUUCCUCCAUGAACACUAAACUUGAAUUAAACAAUAAACAGACUGAUCAAGAGCAAAUAGACUGGUGAAUAAACUACCGUUACAAAAGAUCUGUUUCAGCCGCUAAACUAAACAUGUGAGGGCAAAACGCCUCGCCAAUCAUUAGAUUACUUCACGUCAGGAUAAAAUGUCUCAAAAAUGUCACGUUAUAUAAAUACAGCAAAGGAAGUAUGUAGAUGUAGCCGAUGUGUUAAGUCUUGGCAGGACUGGAUUUGUUUGUGUAUAACCUGUGGCUCUCAUUCCCUAUACAACGCAUCCACCUGUAUACUUAGUGCUUGGAAUUAUACAGUAGCUCCUGCAA